GCCACCGUAGAUACCCUACAUACAUCUAAUACGGCCGUGUACUUGCAGUACUGAAGGACGAAGGGCAUCGAAGGUCGAAUUAUAUCUCUCUUGUUAAUAUCAGCAGUACGCAGAACAUCUAUACUUCGUACAGUCAUAUAGGAGGCCUGAUUGUGCAAUAAGUUAGUGUAGUUUCAUGAUAGGACUGGGAGUGAUCUUGUUAGUUUAACAAUUGAACUGAGGUGAACCUACAUGUAGAUUACUCGACAUAUUUUUAUUAUGUGGAUAUGUCAGAGCAUAACCAAUCAUGGUAAAAAUCGCUGUCGUUGGAGCUGGUGUGAUUGGUCUGUCCACCGCCGUCAAAAUUCAAGAGGAGAUUCCAGAAGCUGAUGUGACAAUCUUUGCGGAUAAGUUUAACCAAGCAACGACGAGCGAUGGAGCUGCCGGGAUAUACAGAAUCACAUCACAACAUGCGCCAGGAACUGACAUCCCAACUCUAAGACGUUGGGGAAAAGAUUCUUGGGAUCGCUUCUCAGAGCUAUCUAAGCGUCCAGAUGCGAGCAAAGUAGGCGCACUAGUUGUGUCUGGAUACCAACUCUAUAACGAUAGCAAUCGGGAGCAGCCAUUGUUUGCAGAUUAUGUUGGGAACUUCAGAAAUUGUACAGAAGAAGAGCUUAACAGCUUUGGGGUCAAAUAUAAACAUGGUUGGUUUUUCACAACUGUGAUUUUAGAAUGCCGUUGGUAUUUGCCUUUUUUGAUGAAAACAUUCAGACGUUUGGGUGGCAAAGUGGUUAAGCAGACGAUUUCAUCAUUAGAAGAGUUUGUUGGUAGGUUUGACCUUGUCAUCAACUGUAGCGCUCUUGGCAGCAAGUCACUUGUUAACGACCAAACAGUAUUUCCAGUCCGCGGACAAAUGAUACGGGCACACGCACCAUGGGUGAAACAUUUUAUAUACACAGACGAUAUGGCAUAUAUCCUGCCCUGUCAAGACAAUGUGGUAUUAGGAGGAACACGACAGGCGGGCAAUUACAACAAGGAACUGGAUGCUGAAGACACAAAUGGAGUUUGGGAAAGGUGUAAGAACCUGCUUCCAUCGAUAGAGGGAGCUAGAUGGGAUUGGCAGUGGGUAGGAUUGAGACCGACUAGACACCCAGUUAGGGUGGAGAUUGAACAAAUGAAGUUUGGAAACAAGACUUUACCAGUUGUUCACAAUUACGGACAUGGUGCUAAUGGUGUGACCCUUUCAUGGGGAACUGCUGUUCAUGCAGCACAACUGGCUAAACAAGUUACAAGAAGUUUACCAACUAAAUCGAGACUAUAGCACCUGGAACAGUUUACUUGUAUAAAGAGCAUAGAGCACAAUCACAAGAUAUUCUU